UGCUUGCACGAUAACCUCGCCCAUCUUGUCGACUGCUCUGUGACAGUCCGUGCAAUGCGCCAUCACGCUCGCUCCACGCGCAUCAAGUCAUGAACGAUGCGCCGGCUUCAUCCGCUGCACCACCUGCGACAGAUGCCGAUCUCGAGCAAGAUGGACUGGAUGACGAUACCAGGCCGCUCACGGCGAAAGAGCUAGCCAAGAAGAGGAGGAAGGACCGGGAGAACUUUCAACGGAAAAGGGCAGAUUUGCUCGAUGAUUUGCUUCGAAACCUUGACAUAUUGAUAUAUGCGGAGCUGAGCACGAUCUAUUACAUGGACUGCCAGGUGACAUUGUUCUUCAUACGAGCAUUCAUCCAGUUCCUCUUUCUCACCCCAAAACCGGCUAUUUUCCAGGAGCUCCCAGAUCGCUCAUUCCUAGGCAGCAUCGUUGGGCCCAAUCUCCUUUGCAUGCUGCUGCAUUGUAUCCUUGCUACGCCCUCUGCAGGUGAAGCCACGCGAGGCUACAUGCAUGGCGGUCUGAUCAUGGACUUCAUCGGACAAAAGGGGCCUUCAAGUAAACUGCAUCUACUUUUGCUCGACUUUGUGUUGUUGGGGUUGCAGAUUGUGCAUCUGUCAGCAUCAACAUUGCGACGGCGACUCAGGAGUGCCAUCGAGACUGGGUCCGCUGUGGUCGCAGCUGAUCCUGUUACGGCGACUGUACAGACAGUAGAGGACGAGGAGCGAGGCGUCCGGCGUUCAGCUGAAGAAGAACGCCGGGCCGACAUCGAAAUGCAAAAUCUCACUGCAGCGGGCACUUCGACCGAGAGUGCUGUUCCAACCUCAGCAGAUGAAGAACGAGAACGCCUACUUGCAUCUUUCACUCCUGCUCGUCGGACAGAAGCUCACAUUUUCGAUGCAUUCAAUUCCGGUCAAAUGGUAAUCGCCGAUCUGGACCUUGGCAAGACGAUAAAGGAGCAAAUGGUGUUGAUGCGCGUGAAGUACAACGUGGAAGAGGAGAGAGCGCGUAAUGCUCAGCUCCGACAGAGGCUGUACCAGCGACUCCUAUCGAGAGUGGGUCGAUGAGACCACUUACGUCCCGUGCCCGAACGACCGCUGAGGCGCCUGCCUCAAAACCUCUUCCGCGCUGCCUGCCGUCGAGUAUGCUGGGAGGACCUCACGACCAGCUAACGAUGGACGCGUCCACCUCGCACAAAAGACAGACAGGCCAUGGAGAGGUGGUACGGCCAACAGAUUUGCAUGCACACACGCUCGCCAUCAUAUAUAAUGCACGAGGGGUAGAUCAAUGGCCUAUAACCGGGAUCUGGGAUCAGUCCGAGGAUGUGGCCUCCACUCAAAAGAUCAGCUCGAAGCACUUCACGAAAAUGUUUUCUGGCCGAUCACAGCAGGUCCAUUCUGCAGCUACUGCUGGCGGCAUGACCCGCCCAAAGAGCUUCAAAAGAGCUGCAGCUUCACCAUGACUUGCUCUUUACAUACUGGCGCUGCCAAGAAACGCCCUCGGCAAGCCGAGAUACCCUUUCCGCCCGUCCCAUCUUGUUCAUCCUCCCGACCUUCAUCUUGACCGCAUCUCUUCCGCUUUCUCCAGAUGCUAUUGAAGAAGAUCUAGUGCCAGGAUCCCAAUUCUACACACGCUAAUAUCACAAGCUCUCAAGGGUACCGCUGACACAGCAUAUACCUGGAGUUCUGAUGCUGUAGCUAUCGGAUGUGGAAGGCUCCGCUUUAAGUUCACUAAAUCUUGCGCUACUUUGUCUAAGCAUAACGCACGUGCUGCAGCCUGCAUUGGUGCAAGAGCACUGGACAACAUUGUUGCGCAAUGUACUUUGCCCCAGCCAGUGAAGGCCUCGUGCCAGCACACCACUCAGCUCGUGGUUUCAGCGUUCUGCCUUCAACCCGUGUACAAAGUGGAACACGUAUGGUCGCGGCCCUUGAACCUAUGUUACUCCUUCUGGCAGGCUUAGUUCGUGGCUUGCAUGGCUCAGCUCGAUGCAAAUGCGCCUCAGUGCAAUACGGAUCGUCGAAAGAACACAGCCUCUGUCAACCUUUGUUACAGAAUCUUACCCUAUCAAGAAUCAAGACACAUUUCACUAGUUUCGACUAAUCGAUUCCAGAAAAUCCUAGCCUCACUUCCAAGCAGAUCUCGCCUCGGCUUGGUGUGCGAAUACUCUUUCGGGCGG